AUGAACAUCAUAGGAACGAUCCCUCCAUUCAUUUGUGACCUCAAGAACCUCACAGUUCUUGAUUUUUAUAACAACAGCUUCGUUGGAAUGUUCCCUGUGGCUCUCUUUAGUUGUUCCAAGCUCCAGUACCUGAGCCUCUCUCAAAACUACUUUGCCGGUGCAAUUCCUGAGGAUAUUGAUGGCUUUUCCGGGCUCUCAGUCCUUGACCUUUCUGGUAAUAACUUCACUGGUAAUGUUCCAGCAGCUAUUGGACGUCUUCGGGAGCUAAAAAAACUUGGGCUUGAUCAGAAUCAGUUUAAUGGUACUUAUCCUCCAGAAAUUGGUAGCUUGUCUAAACUUGAAGAGCUAUCCAUGGCCUACAACGAUUUUCUACCCUCAAGUUUGCCUUUCAGUUUCACCCAGCUGAAGCAACUCAGGUGGUUGUGGAUGUCUGCUUCAAAUCUGAUUGGAGAGAUUCCAGAAAAUGUAGGAGAAAUGGUGGCACUGGAGCACUUGGAUUUAUCAAGGAAUAAAUUAGAAGGCAAUAUCCCCAGUAGUUUGUUCAUGUUGAAGACCUUGAGUAUCCUGUAUCUUUUCAGGAACAGGCUAUGUGGGGAGAUUCCUCAUGUUGUUGAAGCUUUGAAAUUAGUUGAACUCGAUCUUUCAGAUAACAAUUUGACAGGGAAAAUACCUGAUGAUUUCGGAAAGCUUCAGAAUCUAUCAGUCUUGAAUCUGUUCUACAAUCAAUUAUCUGGUGAAAUCCCAGAAAGUGUUGGUCGUCUUCCAGCAUUGAAAAGGAUUAGGUUGUUUAGCAACAAUUUAUCUGGUGUUCUCCCUCCAGAAUUGGGCAGACACUCAAUGCUUGAAACUGUCGAGGCUUCAUCCAACAAGCUUACUGGAAGGCUGCCUGAAUUUAUAUGCAAUGGAGGAAAGUUAGUAGAAGUGGCAGCCUUCGAUAACAAUCUCCAUGGAGAGUUGCCAGAAUCACUUGGGAAUUGCAGUAGUUUGCUGAUGGUUAGUAUUUCACAUAAUUCAUUUACUGGCAAUGUUCCUGUUGGCCUGUGGACAUCUUCGAAUUUGAUCUAUCUGAUGCUAAGCGACAAUUUGUUCGCGGGUGAGAUUCCUGAUGAAGUAUCAGGGAAUCUUAAAAGGCUAAAGAUCAGUAACAACAGAUUUUCUGGUAAAAUCCCCAGUGUUGCUUCUUGGAGGAAUAAUGCCAGUAAUAACUUGUUUUCUGGCAUUGUCCCUCAAGAAUUAACUGGUCAUCCUCUUCUCACUACUCUUCUGCUUGAUAGGAACCAGCUCAGUGGAGCCAUUCCAUCUGAUAUAGUCUCAUGGAAGUCAUUAACUACACUGAAUAUGAGUCAAAAUCAACUUUCAGUACAAAUUCCAAAGGAAAUUGGUUUUCUACCUAAUCUUCUACAACUGGACUUGUCAGGUAACCGAUUUUCCGGCCAAAUUCCACCUGAGUUUAGCUACCUGAAGUGUACUUUUCUGAAUCUCUCUUCGAAUAAUCUCACAGGGGAAAUCCCAAUCAGUUUAGAAAACACUGCUUAUAAAAGCAGCUUCCUGAACAAUCCUGAGUCUAUCAAAAGAAGCUCAUACUAA